UCCUGUGCAACCAAACAGUAACAACAAGAGGAGGAAGAGGAAAAACGACAGCUCUAGGAUCGUCGUCGACUGCCUUGCGUGACAACACUGGAAUCGCACUCAGGCUUCGGGAUCCUCCUUAUUGACCUGCAACAUGUCCGACUUACUGAGAUAUAUCGACUACGACCACAAAGCCACCUUCCUGAAAAUGCUCAACCAGCAGAGGAUGGAGGGUGAGCACUGUGAUGUGGUGGUGGUGGUGGAGAACAUCGAGUUCCGGGCUCACCGCUGUGUCCUGGCAGCCUGCAGCAACUACUUCAAAAAGCUCUUCAAGAAGCAGAGCGAUGAGGAUAACUCCAUCGUGGAGCUGGACUUCAUCCGCUCCGACAUCUUUGAGGAGGUGCUCAACUACAUGUACACGGCCAGGCUCGCUGUGAGGAAGAAGGACAUCAAUAUGAUGAUGUCGUCUGGCCAAAUCCUUGGCAUUAACUUCCUGGAUAACCUGUGCACACAGAAACGUGAACUAACCAACAUGAAGACCCGAGAGAACCAGGCUCCGGGCGACCACGUGAUGAGAGCUCAGGACGCCAUCCUGAAGGAGCUGGCCAUGGAGGAGGUGAGGAAGAACAGCUUCUACGACCAGGGCAUGGACAGCAUGGGGCCGGGAGCCUCGCAUGUGACGCAGCCGCACAACUACAACACCAACAUGACAAAAGAUCCUCACAGCCACAACUGGGGCUCCUCCUCCUCCAGCGACAUGAAGCUGGAGUAUCUCCUCUAUGGCCACCGCGACCACGGCUCCUGCCAGAGCACGGGCACUAAGCCCUUGGACCACAAUGCCAAAAAGGAGCGUCUCCUCACUGCCAACCGUCCUUACGCCUGCGAGCACUGCCCCAAAGCCUUCACCACCUCUGCGCACCUCAAAGAGCACCUGAAGAUCCACUCAGGGUUCAAGCCUCACCGCUGCGUCGUCUGCGGCAAGGCCUUCAUCAGGGGGCCCGACCUCAAGAGGCACGAGAGGGUCCACAGCAACGAGCGGCCCUUCGCGUGCCAGAUCUGCGAAAAGGCCUUCAAGCACAAGUCCCACCUGAAAGACCACGAGCGGCAGCACCGAGGCGAGCGGCCAUUCAACUGUGGUUCCUGUGACAAAGCCUUCAUCAAGGCGUCGGACCUGAAGCGCCACUGGAACACCAUGCACAGCGGAAACCCCCGCAGACAGAUGUCGCUGUCCCCCGCCGCCUCCUCCCACCACAGCCAGGUCGAGGCCCCUGAGCAGAGAGACUGGAAAAUGGAGACUGGACCACAUUCGCAUAACUCUGGAGACUGUUGAGCCUGUGAAUGCACCACACACACACACACACACACACACACCUACAUUGACAUGCAAGACACACACAACAUGUAAACACAAUUCAUUCAUCCACAACCCUGUGACAGGUUGAUGAUCAGCCUGGCGUCACAUGGACGCGCAUCAGAGUGAGUAACUAAGAGAUCCUAGCAUGUUCAUAAGACUGUGGGGGCUGUGUUAUUAUUAUUAUUAUUAUUAUUAUUAUUAUUAUUAUUAUCAUUACUAUU